AUGUCAUCUGACGAAGAACAUCCAACUCGUGUUCGUGCCUAUUACACGUCAGCACCUCUCAGUCCUGCAUUGGUGAAAAAUUUAAGAGAAUCAAUGAAAGGUGUUGAUGCACAACCGUAUGUGUUCGUUGUUUUUGGUGCAUCUGGUGAUCUGGCAAAGAAGAAGAUUUAUCCAACUCUGUGGUGGUUGUAUCGAGAUAAUCUUCUUCCAUCUAAUAUUUCAUUUAUUGGUUAUGCACGAUCCAAUCUUACGGUCGAGGAGCUGCGUUCGCAUUUCGAGAAAUAUUGCAAGGUUCGCGCAGGCGAAGAGCAAAAGUUUGAGCAGUUCAUGAAGCAGUGCACAUAUAUUGUUGGUAAAUAUGAUCGUCCAGAAGGAUUCAUUGAAUUGAGAGCACUCAUCGAUGAUAUACAACAGCAGAGCAACAAAGGCUAGGUUUGGUCAGCUACUUUCUUCAUUCACAAGCUUUUAGCACCUGUCAAUCGUAUGUUCUACUUGGCCUUACCACCUUCGGUAUUCCAGGAUGUAACAACCCAGCUGAAGGAACACUGCAUGGAUGAUGGGAAUUCCUGGACUCGUGUGGUAAUCGAGAAACCAUUUGGGUGUGACACUGAAUCAUCGGCCGAACUAUCAUCUCAUCUGGCGAAGUUGUUCAGAGAGGAUCAGAUUUAUCGCAUUGAUCAUUAUCUUGGUAAAGAAAUGGUGCAGAAUCUGAUGGUGCUGAGAUUUGGCAAUCGUAUAUUUAAUCCAUCGUGGAAUCGCGAUAACAUCGCAUCAGUGGUGAUUUCAUUCAAGGAAGACAUUGGUACACAAGGACGUGCGGGUUACUUCGAUAAAUCCGGCAUUAUACGCGACGUUAUGCAGAACCAUCUGAUGCAAAUCCUAACAUUGGUUGCUAUGGAAAAACCGGCCAGUUUGAGCGCUGAAGAUAUUCGAGAUGAGAAGGUGAAAGUACUCAAGUCAAUCAAAUCCCUUCGGUUAGAGGACGUCGUUCUUGAAGGCGACUCUCAGUUCGGGUAUUUGGACGAUGAAUCCGUACCAAAAGAUUCCAUAACACCGACCUACGCCCUAGCCGUUUUGAGGAUAAAUAACGAACGCUGGGAUGGUGUACCAUUCUUCUUGAGAUGUGGCAAAGCGUUGAAUGAGAGAAAAACUGAAGUAAGGAUUCAAUACAAAGAAGUACCGGGUGACAUUUAUCCGGAUGGCAAGCUGAAGCGGACUGAGCUGGUGAUGCGAGUACAGCCCAAUGAGGCCGUCUACAUAAAGCUGAUGACUAAGAAGCCAGGAAUGGGAUUUGCUGUUGAGGAAACUGAAUUGGAUCUCAGCUACAAUGCAAGAUAUAAGGAUAUUCGUUUACCGGACGCGUACGAGCGAUUAUUCCUCGAAGUGAUCAUGGGAUCCCAAAUCAACUUCGUUCGUACGGAUGAAUUAGAUUAUUCAUGGCGUAUAUUCACACCGCUGUUGAAUCAGAUCGAAACUGAGAAAAUCAAGCCAGUCAAUUAUGUUUUCGGAAGUCGUGGUCCACGAGAAGCAGAUGAGCUGAUGAAGAAUAAGGGCUUCGUUUUCACGGGUACUUACAAGUGGGUUAGUCCACACAGCAAAUCGUAA